AUGAGUAAUUUAAUUUUUAGUUCAUUAUGUUGGAUAGUUAAAGAAAAUAAUAAAAGCUUAUUAAUAAAAACAAAAUUUAGAAAAGAUUAUAGUAAAGCAUCUUUAAUAAAAAAUAAGAAGGCAACAUGUGUGAUAAAUAAUCAAGAUAUUACAAAUAUAACGUUUCAUAAAAACAAUUAUAAUAAUAAUGAUUGUAGUUAUCAUUUUUUAAAAUGUGCUUAUGAUAGAAAUAAAUUUCAAGUGAAAAAAAAAAUUAAUGGAUAUAACCCUCUUUUAAAUAAUACUCUUGGGAACUUAUAUAAUGAAGAAUAUAAACAAAAGUGGUCUGGAAGCCUUUCGUAUUUUUGUUCUUCUAUGAAAAAAGAAUAUGAAAAUAAAAGAAAUGUAACAUCACCUAGAAAUAUUAAUAUAGAUGGGCAAAAAUAUGUAAUUAUAGAUACAUAUACACAUAAAAGUAGAUAUAUGUGUACCUUCAAUAUGAAAGAUAAAGACAAUAACAAAAAUGGAAAGGAAAAUAUGGAUGGAAAAAAAAUAAUACAAAUAGAUAAAGAGAAAAAUAUAGAUAAUAAUAACAUAGAUAAUAAUAAUAUUGAUAAUAAUAAUAUUGAUAAUUAUAAUGUUGAUAAUUAUAAUGUUGAUAAUUAUAAUGUUGAUAAUUAUAAUGUUGAUAAUUAUAAUGUUGAUAAUAAUAAAUAUAAUCAUAAUAAAAAACACCCGGAUGUUAUAAAAAAUGAUAAUAUAAAUGUUCCAGAUAAUAAUAAUAAAUAUUUAAAAAAAGGACAACAUUUUUUAAAAAUAAAUUAUUUAAAAAAUAUGUAUUUUUUACUUUUAAGUAAAAGAAUGAAAGAAUGUUUAUACAAUUUAAAAUGUAAACAUAGUUAUAGAAGAUUAAUGAAAAGAAUAAAGAAAGAAAAAGAUAAAAUAAAUAAUAUUUUGUUAAAAUAUCAAAUAAAAAAAGGAAAUAUAAAAAGUCAUUUUAAUGAACAUACAUAUAGAAAAGCUUUAAUGAAUAUGAAAAAGAAUAUAUUUAUAUCUUUAAAACGUAAUAGAAACAAAUCUAUAAUGGAUGUAUAUUAUGAAGAAAAAAAAAAAUAUAAAUUAAGAAAACAAAAAUUAUUAGAAUUACAAACAAAAAUUAGGAAAAAUUCACAAAUUGCGCAUUCAAGUAUUAAAAGAUUUUUUAAAAAAUAUGGAUAUGUAGGUUUAGGAACAUAUUUUUUUGUUUUCUUAUUAACUUUUUGUUCUUCUUAUUUUUUUGUACAUUUUAAAUAUAUUUCUUUAGCAGACCUCAAAUAUGUAUCAGAAAAAAUGCACUUGAAUAAAUAUAUAGAUGAUGAUUUACAUAAAAAAAUUGAUUCUUUAUGGGGAGAAUUAAUCUUUGCUUAUAUCGCUUCAAAAAUCACAGAACCUAUUAGAAUUGUAAUAACGAUUCUUAUUACACCAUAUAUAGCAAGAGCUAUCAAAUUUAAGAAAAAAAGUAGACUCCUUUGA